GAAUGACCAGUGCCUCCUCCACUGGAAUGACCCGUGCCACUGCCCGUGCGUGUGCGUCGUCCGUGUGCCUUUCGAUUGUCCUGCGAAUUCGCUGGAGUGAACGAGUCACCGCUGAUCCCUACUGUGCCGAGUGUUGAUGUGACGCCGUGUGCCGCAUAAAAAAAUGAGCCAGAGAAACUUCCUAGACGUUCCAGAGGACGGCGACGCAUCUUACGAGUCGCUAUUCCGUCAGGCUGAUGAAGAGUUCAGGCAGUUUGUCAAGACCCUGUCCAAUGAACCCGGUGCUCCCAAGCUCAAGUCAAAGUCCAUCAAGCCGUCACCAGGGUUUUGUGUCAAGACCAAAGACUCGUCCAACGGCAACAAGCUCUUCAUUAAUAUCUGCCACACUCCUGAGCUUCCCGAGCCGCAAGACAUCAGCGAUGAGGAGCUCAUGCACAUCCUCGGCUCGGAUGACCCCACCACUUAUCGCGUGCCUCUCAGCUUAGGCCUGCCGCACGAGGAAGUUGACAAGAGUGGUUCGCCAUGCACAGCGUAUGAUGUGAUCAUCAACGAAGCUUUCUUCCGCAAGAUCAGCUCCAACGAACUUUUCAAGACGUUCCUCAUCACCGUGGCACUUGACGGUAUUGAGGAGAAGUACAAGGCUCAUCCCGAACGAGAGAGCUACGUGGUACUGAAGAACAAGCUGUACAUGGGCACCAUGCCGGACCACUCCAUACAGGACCGAAAAGGACCACUCAUAUCUGAGCUCCCCACGAACCAGAAACAACCCACUAGCAGCAGCGGCGGUGGUGAUGGCGACGAGGGCGCGUCCAACAGCGGUGGUGACGACAGCAGCGCUCUCUCGUGUCGGGGAUCGGCGAAAGUGGACCUGACGCGGCAUACCCUGCCCGGACAACGCGACACGCUUGUUGCACGCUUCUCCCUGCCUGCCGUGAAAUCAGGUUCAUCACUGGUACUUGACAUGUCGGAUGACCAUGUGCGGCUUACAAGUGAAGAGCCCAAAUAUACUUUCGACUUCUACCUUCCUUUCUCGGUCGAUGAAGAUGGCACAGUUGCAGAAUUUAACACCAAGCAUCAGGUACUCACAGUCACUGUGCCCAUUCUGCCAGAAGAGUCCUGAUUAUAGUGUUAUCACCAGUUCAAGUUUAUAUGUUGAUGAAGAAACUGUACUGGCUGUAAAGGUGCAUCUGAAUAAACUGUUGUUCAUUUUCUA